CAAGGCCCGAAACAGUCAAUAAUGAAUGGGUCAAUAGCUGGGCCCACGAUCCACAUUUACCUUUCUUCUCUCGGUUGCAUCUGCAACAGGCGAGCGCCAAGCACCGGCGAUUCUCCUCUGGACUGAACUCCCAAAAUCUCUUGUCGUCCACGAAUGGAGAAUUCAGCCCAGGAAUCGAGCCUCCGAUCUGAGAACACCCCCACCUAUGAUUUCCCCUGCCCGAUUUUCGCCAUGGCGGUCUCCGCCCACCCCCGGCAACGAAGCAUCGCCGUCGGCAGCUUCAUCGAAGAACACAAGAACCGGGUCGAGAUUCUCUCCUUCGAAGAAGACGCCGUGGCUCUCAAGCCGAACCCGGUUCUAGCCUUCGAUCACCCUUACCCGCCCACGAAGCUCAUGUUCCACCCGAACCCGACAUCCGCAGCGAAGUCCGCCGGCCUCCUCGUCUCCUCCGGCGACUACCUCCGUCUCUGGGAAGUCCGAGAAUCCUCCGUCGAGCCCGUCACGACCCUCAACAACAGCAAAACCAGCGAAUACUGCGCUCCCCUGACCUCCUUCGAUUGGAACGAGGUGGAGCCGCGGCGGAUCGGAACAUCCAGCAUCGACACCACGUGUACGAUCUGGGACAUAGAGAAAGGGGUUGUGGAAACCCAGCUGAUAGCCCACGACAAGGAGGUGUACGACAUAGCCUGGGGACAGGCCGGAGUUUUCGCCUCGGUUUCCGCCGACGGGUCGGUCCGGAUCUUCGAUCUGAGAGACAAGGAACACUCGACGAUCAUAUACGAGAGCCCGCAGCCGGAGACGCCAUUGCUGAGGCUGGCUUGGAACAAGCAGGACCUGAGGUACAUGGCGACCACACUUAUGGACAGCAACAAGAUCGUGAUACUGGACAUAAGGUCGCCGGCGAUGCCGGUGGCGGAGCUGGAGAGGCACAACGGCGGCGUCAACGCAAUCGCUUGGGCCCCACAGAGCUACAGGCACUUGUGUUCCGGGGGAGACGAUGGGCAGGCCCUAAUCUGGGAAUUGCCCACGGUUGCAGGCCCAAAUGGGAUUGACCCGUUGUCAAUGUAUUGGGCCGGGUCGGAGAUUAAUCAGCUCCAAUGGUCUGCCGCUCAGCCUGACUGGAUUGCCAUUGCUUUCUCUAACAAGUUGCAGAUGCUCAGAGUGUGAUGAGAGGGGUUUAUCAUUAAAGAUUUCACUUCUUUUUUUUUCUUACCACAAGACCAGAUUGUAUUGUAUUGAUCAAGUAACAAUAACAUUAGUACACCAAAAUUGUGUACCCCAUUCGUACACCAGACAAACACAGACACUUUGUGGUUUUGGUGUACCUCUAGCAUAUCUGGAAAUCACAGAUAUUUGGUGUCUAUGUUUGCCUAGUGUGCAAAUGGAGUACACCAUUUUGGUGUACCACCAUAACAUUAUAUUAGUGGUGUUUGUCAAUGGGUUUGAUGAAUGUUAACAUUAUUAUCUUCUCCUCGAGGGGUGACUUUUUCCCAGGUAUAAUCUCAGUUUCAGGAUGUUAUGGAAAAUUUGAAUGCCUCAAUAUUUGAGAUUAAAGUAGUUAGAUAGAU